AUGUCAGAAGAAUAAUCACAAUUAAAAAAGAGAUUAAUUUAAACCGAUUUUGAAUUAGAUCAAUCUAAAGUUAAUGAAAGGCUGAUAAACAAUACUCCAUUAUUAGUUGAUAACCAUUCACUAUAUUAGAAGCCGCUAGACCUUUAUAUGGUUUGCACAGGUUAAGAUGACUUAGAUGGGUAACUAGAACCAUUAAACGUUUAUACAUAAACAAUCUAACCAAAGACUCAUUACUAAUCUAAUGGAUAGGCUUAUUAUACUUACUUUGAUGAAACAUCUUAUAGAAACUAAGGGUUACUAAGAAAUAUAAAUGAAAAAGAUGGGCUGAUAGGUUAUUAUAGCAGUAAAAAGCAAGAAAAUAUUCUUCAAAUGCUUGUUUGUGUCACUAUGUAUAGUGAAGAGAGAAACUUUCUUGAAUAGACUCUUCUUCAUAUACAAAAUAAUCUCAAAGGAUUUUAAGAACUUGAAGUUUAAGAUUUUUAGGUAGUUGUUGCUGUUAUCUAUGAUGGAAUCAUGAAAGCAAAAGAAGAAGUUGUUGAUUUUUAUCUUGAAAUUGAUUCCGAAAAUGGUUUUGAUCUUGAUAAAAAUUUAAAAAGGAGAAGAGAAAUUAUUUAGAGCCAAAUGGACUAUCUGACAUUCACAAAUUAAUCUCAUCUUUUAGAUACAAAUGAAGGUCUUCCCCCAACUAUACCUAAAUAAAUAUCUUUAUUGUAUUAAAAUAGAUUUCAAUUAAGCCUUCAAGAUAAAAGUAAUCGCAAUUCUAAAGUAUAAAUAAUUUGCCCUCAAAAUCCUCUAUUUGACACUAAUCAUCCUUCCUUAACAGUGUUUUCUCUCUUUAAACAUAAAAAUGCAAAAAAGUUAUCUUCUCAUUUAUGGUUCUUUGAAGGUUUAUGUCGCUAAACAAGGCCUAAGUAUGUUUGCUUUGUGGAUGCUGGAACAUUACCUUCUUAAUAUGGUAUAGUCAAAUUUUACUAAGCAAUGGAGGGAAAUUAAACAAUAGGAGGAGUAUGUGGCUUCUUGGGAUUAGAAGAACCACCUGAAGGAGGAGGAGGAGGAGGAGGAGGAGAAAGUAAAUCAGAUAAUGAUAAAUUAGAAAAAUUAAAAAAGAAUUUGCAAUAAUUAAAAUAGUAAGAUUAAAUAUAAUGGGAGUAAUAGUAUUAAUAGGAGAAAUAAGAUAAAUAAAAGGAAUUAAGAUAAGUCAAAAUUUAUACAAUGAGUGAAAUUAAUUAAAUUUUUGAUCAGUUAUCAAGUAACUUCAGAAAUUAAAAGCUUGCAUAAGUCCAAGAAUAUGCUAUUGGUCAUAUCAUAGAUAAAAACUUUGAUUCUUUUUUAGGAUUUAUGCAUGUGCUACCAGGAGCUUGGUCUGCUUACAGAUAUGAUGCUCUGGAAGUAAGAAAGGGUGAAAAAUCUAAUUUUAUGCAAGAUAGCUACUUUAAAUCUGUUUUGAAUCCUGAGCUAUUAACAGAUGACAUCAAAGAAGCAAAUAAAUUUUUAGCAGAAGAUAGAAUACUUUGUCUAGGUAUCAUUUCAGCAAAAGGAUCUAACUACAAAUUAAAAUAUAUUCCCGAAGCACUUGCUGUAACAGACUCUCCUGAAACAUUAGAAGAAUUCAUUCACUAGCACAGAAGAUGGACAAAUAGCAUGAUUUUUGCACUCAACCAUGUUUUAAAAAAUUAUAAAGCCAGUAUUUAAGGCAGUAAGCAUUCAAAUUUUUACAGAAAAAUUUGCUUACCAGUUAAUAUGCUUUUUGCUUAUCUUGGGUUAAUCAAUUAUAUUGUAUUGCCAGCAUUUUUCUUGUUUAUGGUAAUAUUAUCAGGAUAUUAAUUUUACAUUCCAUCCAACAUACAUGGAGUUGCUUUUAUUAAUGAAGACCUUGCACAAAAUAAAUGCCAAAUAGAUUACCAACUAAAAGAAUUUGAUUUGCAAUAAUUAUCUAAAAUUAGAAUAUUUAAUAUGUUGAUGAAAACUUUUCCUUUUGCUAUUGUAGUUACAGUAGUUGUUUUUAUGAUAGUAUGCCUGUCUUUUAAAAUGAAAAAAUAAAAUCUUUCUGAGUAUUUGAAACUAUUUAAUUAGGUUUUAACAUAAGAGGAUAAAUAGAAAAUAUAAUCUUAAAAGCAAUAGCUAAUAGAAAAAUAAAAAACUCCUGAAUAAAUUGAAACUUGCUCAAAUAAUUUAAUUUUUAAGCUUGGAGAAAAAAGAUUGAAAGAUCUUAAGAUUAUAUUUGAUCAAAACUAAUCACAUAAACUUCCAAAAGAUCUGUAGAAGAUAAAAUCAGAAUAUGACAGAAUAUACUCGCAAAAAUAUUAUAACAAAGUUUACAAAAUAUUUGCUUCUCUCUUUUCAAUAGAGGCUUCAAUUUUAAUGAUCAUACUCAGUGCUGCUUUAUAUAUUAAUAUAUUUACUCCAGAUACAUUCUCUGAUCUAGGAUUUUUCACACUACCAAAAUGGAUGAGAGAUUAUAUUAUCAUAAUUUUAAUAUUUAAUAUGGGGCUUAUUUUACUUAUUUUAUUUUUCCAUACAAUCUUUUAACCAAAGAUAUUGUGGCUAUUUGUAAAAUCCUACUUUUCUUAUAUUUUAUACUCUCCAGUGUAUUAAAUAUACCUAACCAUUUUUUCGUUUUGUAAUCUUGAUGAUGUGACAUGGGGCACAAAAGGCUUGCAAAACUCAACACAAAAUUAGACAUUUUUAACUGACAAAGUUAGAUAUGUGAAGUAUUGGGUGUUUCUCAACUCUUCUUUAAUAAUUGCAUUCCUUUGUGCUAGCUUGAUACCAUUAGAUAAAACUCCAUAUGUGAUUAUUGGAAUAGGUAUAUAUGGUUCUCUUUACAACUCAGUAAGAAUUAUAGGAGGAUCAAUAAAUUACAUAAAAUACUUUGUUUUUGAUAAAAUUAAAAUUAAAAGUGCGUUUAAAAAAAUAAUAUCAGAUAAUAUAUAGAAAUAAGAUGAAAUUAGAUAUGACUACUAAUAAAUACUAAAUAAUUGUAAAAAUAUUGAAUUUAAAAUUCAAGAACUGAGUGAAUCAGAAAUAAGCGAUGAUAAUAUUUAAUUAAUAACAUCUCGUAUGAUAAGUUAAUAGUAUAGUAAUUAAAGCGAUUAUUAACUCAAUAUGAAUAAGGAACAAAGCUGA